AAUUAGUUAUUCGCCUACCAGCUCGCGUGGUGACAGCAUUACUUGUUCGAAGUAAGGUAAAAAUAUAUCAUAAUUUCUUAUUUCUUUUGCACAAUUACUAUACUAGCCGAAAUUAUUAUAUAGGCUUAAGCCAAUUGUUUGAUAAAAUUGUAAAAAGUUUUAUUUUAUUUGACCUAAAUUUUUUAGAAUAUUACGUUAAAUGAUAUAAGUACUCUUAACGACAUUUUUUAUGAAAUGUCUGCGAAAAUUCAGAUACUCCAUUUUUUUUUAAAUGUUCUUGAAUUUUCCGAAUUUUUAACACUUUUCCUGUAGCGUAGGUUUAUACCUGAACAAUGUUCUAUGGUAAUAUAAUAAUCUAGUCGUUUUUAAUACCUAGAUAAAACGAUUUUUGAAUAUCAAAGCGUAAUAUAUUAUAAACGGAACAAUCAAUACGACCAUGUCCGAAAACUCGUUCAUGUAAUUGAAGGUUGAUACCUUUUUGCUUUUUCAAGGCGUUUCUAUUCGUGAAAGAUUUAGUUUUGAAAAGAAAAAAAAUGAACGAGAAAUUAUUUGCUUUGAGUAGGCUUAAUAAACUUUGCUGUAGCCAGUCGAUGAGGUCGUUAUAACUACCGUGGCAAACCAACCAUAUUAGUUUUUUCAGACAUUACGUGUUAAAAAAAAAAUGAUUCUUUUCUCUUUUAUGGAAGAAAAAAAAAUUAAGGCGUGUUUUAACGAUACUACUCAAAAAGAAAAUUGACACAAUCAAUUAAAAGAGAAAAAAAUCGAUUAUGCCUGGAAAUGUGAACCAAAAGAAAUAUAAGGCUGAGGAAGAUUUCCCAGACUUGAGUAAGCAUAAUAACUGGAUGGCUAAAUGCUUGACCAAGGAGAUUUACGCCAAUUUGCGUGAUAAGGUUACUCCAAGUGGUUUCACGCUUGAUCAAGUUAUCCAAACUGGUGUCGAUAAUCCCGGCCAUCCUUUUAUUAUGACUGUUGGAGCUGUUGCCGGCGAUGAAGAAACUUACACCGUUUUCAAGGAACUUUUAGACCCGAUCAUUGACGGUAGACACGGCGGCUAUGGUCCCGAUCAAAAACAUCCUUCCGACUUGGAUUGGACCAAGCUAAAGGGUGGCGAAUUCGAUCCUAAGUAUGUUCUCUCUUCAAGAGUUAGAACUGGUAGAUCUAUUAAGGGAAUUGCCCUCCCACCUCACUGCACUAGAGGAGAGAGAAGAAAGGUGGAAAGUAUUGUCACCGAGGCUCUUGGUUCUCUCACUGGCGAAUACAAAGGAAAAUACUAUCCUUUGUCGACAAUGACCGAAAAGGAGCAAAAUCAACUGAUCGAAGAUCAUUUCCUUUUUGAUAAACCAGUAUCUCCCCUACUUACUUGCGCUGGAAUGGCUAGGGAUUGGCCCGAUGCCAGAGGAAUUUGGCACAAUGAUGAAAAGACCUUCCUUGUUUGGAUCAAUGAAGAAGAUCAUACUCGUGUCAUCUCUAUGCAAAAGGGUGGCGAUAUGAAAUCUGUUUUCCGUAGAUUUUGCGAAGGUCUCCAAAAGGUAGAAGACUGCAUGAAAGCUAAAGGUCAAUCCUACAUGUGGAAUGAGCAUCUCGGCUACAUUCUAACCUGUCCCUCGAAUCUCGGAACUGGUCUUAGAGCUGGUGUCCAUGUUAAGAUCCCAAAGCUUAGCAAAGAUGAAAAACAAUUGAAUGCCAUAUUGGACAAACUUCGCCUGCAAAAGAGAGGAACUGGUGGCGUAGACACCGAAGCCACUGGAGGGACUUACGAUAUCUCCAACAGCGAUCGUCUUGGUUAUUCGGAAGUGCAACUAGCACAAUUUGUUGUUGACGGCGUUAAUCUACUUGUUGAAAUGGAAAAGAAACUAGAAAAGGGACAAAGUAUCGAAGAUCUUAUCCCAAAAGAGAAGAUUAAAUAGAGAACCUUUAUUCUUUAUUUUGUGUGCUUAUUUGUUUUGUGCAGACAAAAUUUUUGGCUUGAGUAGCAAAAUAUAAUCGCUAGAAUUUG